AUGCUGGAAUCAGACAAGUUCAAAGCUACGGUUGGAGACAUCGUGACGGUAACUCUCUCGGAGCUGAAACAAGAGGAGUUGGAGGCUUUGGUCGAAUUCAUCUACGAAAAUGGAUCUGUACUUUCUGAAAAGGGGAAGAAACAUGCUCGAACACUUUUUGUAGCAGCGGACAAAUAUGAUAUUCCGCAUCUAAGGGAUCUAUGCACAGAGCCACAAGAACUGAUAUCAUCUUCGAAAUUGGCGAAUGUUAUCAGUAUCUUGAACCUGUCUUUGACUCCGUUUAACGAAGCCCUCAACAAUGCUGCGGUCAGGUUUGUCUUAAGGAAUUUAUUGGCGAUUUGUAACACAGCUGAGUUCAAGUCUUUCGUUCGUAAGUAUCCAGAUCUUACCGUUGAGAUAAUGAAGUCUUCUUUGACUCGGAAAUGGAAGAACAUUUAUUUCUAG